AUGCCUGGAUUCCCUAAACUCGCUCUCAUCGACCGCUCCGCUUUCCCCUCCCAAAUUCGCAUGCCCGAUAUCUCUGGAUAUACCGGUGAAGUAUUUGCACUCAAGGUUAAUCCUCACUGGCACGAAGCCGAGGCGAGCUCGUAUGCAUGGUUCGACAGCUACGGGGUUCACUCUGGUGCCAAGCGACAAGAGUUCUUCGACACCGGCUUUGGUCUCAUGGCCUCAAUGGCAUACCCAGAUGCCGACCUUGAGCACCUUCGCCCGUCUAUGGACUUUAUCCUUUGGUUGUUUGCUUUCGAUGAUAUGACAGACGAGGGCGGGCUUCGCGACAGUGUUGAGCGUGUCAAGCAAGCCGUCGACGUGACGAUGAGCGUUCUCCGCAACCCAGAAGGACCCCAGCCCAAGUUCAAGAUCGCUGCGACUCUUCAAAGCUUCUUCAACCGCAUGCGAGCAAACGCGACCCCAGCAACCAUUCAGCGCUUUGUUGACUCCUCAGAUCUUUACACUCAAGCUAUUCUCCAGCAGACCGUCAACCGAUCUGCUGAUGAGGUCCCGACCGUCGAAGAAUUCAUUCAGUUACGCCGCGAUACAUCUGCUGUGAAAAUGGUAUUCGCCGUGCUCGAGUACUCUCUUGGUCUCGACCUUCCGGAUGAAGUACACGACGACCCUAUCGUGGCUGAGCUUGCUCUUGCCGGAAACGACAUCCUGACUUGGGCCAAUGACGUUUAUUCUUUCCCAAUUGAACAGGCACGUGGCGAUACUCAAAACCUCGUUUUCAUUACCAUGUGGGAUAAGAAACUCGACCUCGAGGGUGCGAUGGAUUACGUCGACCAACUUACAAGGAAACGUGUCCAGGAAUACGUGGAGGCCAAGGCAAAGUUGCGCUCAUUUGGCCCAGAGCUCGACGAAAAGGUUGCUCUGUACAUUCAGGGUAUUGAAUACUGGGUGCAAGGUGCCAUUGAUUGGACCUUCAUGACAACUCGUUACUUUGGUGAAGACGCUGAGAAGGUCAGAGAGACAGGGAUCGUAGACAUUAUGGCUCCGAUCGCGCCUGCCGCUCCUCUCUACGUAGAGGCAUGA